UUUCAAAAACAAUUCUUUGUGCAAGGAAAUGAUGAAAAAUCGCGAAAAUUGAUAAAAUCUGAAAAUUUAAAGUGCUAAAAAACUAUGGAGAAGCUCGAGUACCAAGAUAGCCCGAAAUCUGAUGCCACGUUGCAACAAGUAGACCGUUUAAAGCUCCUGUAUCCGAAUGUAAAUGAAGACGAGACUCCAUUGCCAAGAAACUGGAGUCCCACAGAUAAAUGUAAUUCGAUUUACGUGCACAACUUUCGAGUACAUUACAAAGGAAUUGGAAAAUCACACAAUGAUGCUGCAAGUGUAAGGACAGCACAUCCUGUUCCCGCUGCGUGUGGUUUGUACUACUUCGAAGUGAAAAUUAUUUCAAAAGGUCGUGAUGGUUAUAUGGGCAUCGGAUUGACAGCUCAAAACUUCAAAGCGAAUCGUUUGCCAGGUUGGGAUAAAGGUUCGUACGGUUAUCACGGCGACGACGGAAAUUCCUUUUGUUCAUCUGGCAACGGACAACCUUAUGGUCCAACGUUUACAACAAACGACAUCAUUGGCUGUGGCGUAAAUUUGGUCGACAACACUUGCUUCUACACGAAAAACGGUCAUCAUCUUGGGAUUGCUUUCCGAGAUUUACCCGUAAGAAAAACAAAACUCUAUCCCACGGUUGGGUUACAAACGCCUGGCGAGAUUGUAGAUGCGAAUUUUGGACAAGAACCCUUCAAAUUUGACAUUGAAGAUAUGCUAAAGGAACUUCGUGCGUCGACAAAAGCUUCCAUUUAUAACUUUCCCGUCCCAGAUGAUCAAGGGGAUUGGACAACUAUCUUACACAGAAUGGUCUCAUCAUAUCUCGUUCAUCAUGGAUUCAGUUCGACUGCAGAGGCGUUCGCUAAAUCGACGGGACAAACAUUUAACGAAGACUUAGCUUCCAUUAAGACACGACAAAAAAUCUUAAAAUUAGUGCUCUCAGGUCGUAUGGGACAGGCAAUAGAACAAACAAUAAGAUUCUAUCCGGGAUUGUUAGAAUCAAACCAAAAUCUGUUAUUUAUGUUGAAAUGUCGUCAAUUUGUCGAAAUGGUGAAUGGAUGUGAUUUUGAUAAUGACUCACAAGUUCCAUCAUCACGAGAAAGUCCAAUUACGCAGGCACAGUCUGUCAUACAAUCAACAAAGACUUAUCAUAAUGGCACGACGACACAAAAUAAUUCAAAUUUAGUUAUUUCCGAUCCGAGUAAUAGUAAUGACAAUCAAGAUCCGCAGUCAUUUAAGAAUAAUAAUUUAAGUCACCAUCAUGAUUUAGACGAAAACAAUAAGAAUGUCAAUAACGGGAAUAGCGGAAACCACGACAUUAUCAAUAUUCAGGAACUAAAUCAAAUUAACUCACAAAAUAGUGAACAAUAUUUAGCGGUAGCUGGAAUGGAUAAUACAAAUGGCAGCAAUAGCGAUGUCGAGAUGGAAAAUGGACACACAAAUGGCUUUAAGAACGGAAAUUCCAACAAUAUUCACGAUAUUUGUGAUGGAGAUGAAGAAAUGGAUGUCGACGGAUCCCCAGGCUGUAUAAAAUCCUCCUCAAACAAAUCUGGCGUAGAACGAAUGUUGGAAUUUGGGCGUGAACUAUUUCAAAUGAGUCAGCGACUGGAAAAGGAAAAUGGAGUUAACGAGACGAAUCAGAAAACGCUUGAGGAUGCAUUUAGUUUGUUAGCUUAUUCAAAUCCAUGGGCAAGUCCUUUGGGUUGGCAGUUAUGUCCCUCGAGACGUGAAACUAUUUGUGCCGCACUAAAUUCUGCCAUAUUAGAAUCAAUGAAUUACUCAUGGCGACCGCCAUUAGAAAUUAGUAUAGCUCACGCAAGUGAACUUCUCCGUCUUAUGUCUAACUCAAAUUUAGGUGCGUGUGCUUUCGUUACCGUCGACGAUAUGUUACACGAGGAAGUAACGCCUCACAACUGACUACAGCAAACACAGCAAAAACACAAGAAAUCCGCCGUCAUCACAUUACUGAUGCGUUAUGCGAGUCGUUGUUGCGAUUUUGCGUGGCACGAUGACAUGAUUCUCGCAUCCUCAUGCAUCUUCUCCCUUCUAUCCUACGCGACAUCCGUUUUCACCGCAAAAGCUGCUGAAGUCUUUCAAUUAGUUGUUGUAAUUUAUCUUGCUCCGCUGCUUUUUCUCCUCAUGCAAAAUAGUAAUAGCAUAAUUCUAGUUUUACUAUUGAUGAACAUUAACUUUAUCUAAAGAGAAACAAAAAUUUCACUCACAAAUUUAUUUUUUUAUGUUAAAUAAUGAUAUGAAACAUUUUAUAAAAUAAACAAUUUUUUUUCUUGGUUGAAAUAUUUCAAAAUAUUUUUGUGUGUAAAUCGAAAUGUUUCCAUAUUUUUCUCAACCCAACUACUUAUCUUUCCUUCUCCUCUCCCAAUUCUUAUGAAAGUCGAUUAGUAGAGCAGAUGGUAGACGAAAAAAGAUUAAUAGUUGUACAAUAACGAAUUUAAACAAACAAAAACAAACACCAGAAAUCACAGCACGCAAUAAAUUCUGUGAAAUUUAGUUUUAUUUUAAGUUAUAAGACGUUAAAAAAACAUAAAUUAUAAAUAAAAUGUAAAUAAAUUUAACAUUUAGGCAACUCGAAUUGUCCUUUUCUCGGUUUCCAGUUUGAAAAAUUCUCUUUACGUUAUUCGGGUACAUCAAUAAAAACACAGAGAGUCACUUUUUUUAGUUUUCACGUUUCAUUCGAUUCCAUUGAUAGCAAAGGUUACAAUAGAUGCGUUACUUGUAGAGACAGAUUCAUUCACUUUCAACUCUUAAAAUAAUUAACAAUUAAAAAUAAUUAAGAAUCGAAAAAAACAACUCAUUCGUAUAAAAAAAAUGUAUAAACACAAAAAUUAACAUUAGUUUGUAAAACAAGUAAAAUA